UGGCAAUAGUAUCGUCCGUCGCUGUGCAUCGUGGGACCACAACAUGUCUGUCCCUCCCCACAUCAUGAGUUAAAUUUAUCCUUUUUGCCCGUUGUUUUGACCACCACAGUAUGGUUAGAAUUUUAGCUAACGGUGAAAUCGUACAGGACGACGAUCCAAGAGUACGGAGACCCAACCAACAACGCCAGCAAGCCACACGGAGGCAGGGGUACAUCCAGCAUGAUGAGCAGCCAAAUGUUGGUCCAGGAGGACAGCAUGUACAGCAAGUUUCCAUGUUCGACGCUAUAAACCAGAAACUCUUGGCGCUGGGAAUCCCUCGUUUUCAGCUCAUGGGCACGACCGUGGAACCCAUUGCGACUGUUGGCGUGACCGUUGUGUUCCUGUUGAUGGGUGUGAGAGGACUGCUGUUCAUUGGGCUGCUGUUUGGAGUGUCGUACCUCAGCCGACAACAGUGAGGGCUGCCAGGGCACCAUUAAAACAUUGCAGAAAUCAAUCUCAUUUCCACCUUCCUACAUUGUAUCUCAUACUCAGUCAUAGUUUUCGAAGUUAUUUACUAAGGAAUGUCAUUAGAAUUACAAAGUCUACAGUUACUACUGGGACUGUAAAGCUAACAAGUUGCGAAGAUAAUCAGACGUUGGUUGAGAUAUAUAAUUGUGUGCGGACACAGCCUGGCAAUGAUUGUGUUUGACCGUACCCUGCACCCUGUGGUGAUAGCGGUGCUGUUGCUGGUGUAUGUGCUGGGUGGGGUGCUGUGGCUGUUCCCUGUGGGGAUGGUUGUGUGGUUCGUGUACUGGUGGAGAAAACCGGAUGUUCCACGGCCACCUAUUGGUGAUAACAGACCAACGUCCACAGGCUGAUACCAACCCACACAAUAGAAAUGAUCUUGCAGCAAACUUUGCUUGUGAAAAUGAACGUUGUCCAGCUCACCUAGUUGUGAGCCUAGGUUGCCUUUAGCCUGGUAUCCAGCCAUACUAUUAUAUAUAGCUCCCGAGUCUCUUCUGUCCUCUCUGUAAAUUUUGCAGAGAGGACAGAAAAGACUCAGGAGCUAUGAUAUGGCUGGAUGCCAGGCUUGGUUGCCGUCUGAAUUAAGUCCAUGUAAGUUGAGAUGGAUGACUGCCUAUCUGUAUUUUCAACAGCUUUGUAGCCAUCUGUUCAAUCCAUGCACACAGCACAAAAUGAUACUUUAGACUCGCUUGCUCACUUGUAGAGCAUGCUCACAUUACCUUCAUGCUGUCAUUUUCAUAUCAAUCAAGAGCGUGCCCAGUAAGCAAGACUGAUGUCAUUGACGUGUCUGCUGAUGUACUUGCAAAUUCGUGACCUCGUUAUGAUGUGUUACCCAAUUGUCCAAUGGAGAGGUCAUAGGUACAAUCCCUGGCAUUCCUAAUAGGUAGAUAUUGUGGAAAGUUACUUUCCUCACUCCACACAGGUGUGAAAAUUGGUACCUGACUUUACUUGUGGAGGUAAAAGGCAGCAGAACCAGAAGGAGAGGGAUCAGCUCCACCAUCCAAUACCCUAGAUACAGUAGAUAACAACCCAUGCUUACAGCCUAAAAGGGGCUAUGGGACUUCUUUUUUUACUCAAUUGCAAAUAACCUAUCGCUAAGAAUUUCAGAAUGUGCAGAGCAAGGACGUCCUUGUGCAGAGUAACCAAUGAUGAUGUUACAGUAACAUUACAGUAAUGCUGAUCACUGUCCUGUGAAAGGAUUGUUAUAAAUGCUGGGUGACAUGCCAUGGCAUAAAUCAAUGCCUCCGGUAAGAUGCUCAUGCUAUGUCUUCAAUGCCACAAUAGGUUUGUGGAUAAGAAAUGAAGAGUAUGAUCAACAGGGUCAGAUACAAUUGACAGAAGAGCAGGUGAAUCAAAGAAUAGCUAUAUUGUAAAUCAGAGGAUAUGAACUGAUGGUAUGCCAUAGAUGGUAUUCAUAGUUCUUGGGGAAUGCAUAGAUACCAGAUACACUGACAAGUGCACUGAUCCCAGACUAGUUAGCAGCGCACUACUGUGGAAGCAAGAAUGAUAUCUGUGUGCUGUAAUGUACAAAAACAUGCAGAAAAGAUAUUCUUGUUCUAAUCUGAACAAGAUUGCAUCAAAUGGACGGGUCUCUUGUAUUUUGAAGUAGUUCAAAUUUCCCAUGAUGCUGGUAUUACAAUUUUACCAACACAGAGCUUUAAUGCCAAAUGAUAGAAGGCUGAAGAUUAUAUUGCUACUGCUGGAUCAGAUGAAUUGUACACGGCAUAAUGAUUCAGUCCAAGCAAUAGAAAUCAGACAGUAGAUUGUAUUCUAGAGAUUCUGUAUUGUAAUAGAUUAGCCAUGCUGCAGUUAUAACUUAUAACUGUGGUAUUCUGGAAGAAUUUGGGCUUGUGAUAGAAUCUUGUGCCUUUCCAUGUAUAGUAUGAUGUUUUGGAUGAUGGUAAAUUGGAUUAAACAUUUUUUGUGGAAAAUUA